AUGAUGGCCAAGCAAAUCGUCGAAGAAUCAGAAGUGUUCUCGCCCCACGAGCAGGAAUGGACGCAGAUUUUGCUUCGAUUGUCGCGCGUCGUCGCCGACAAUUUGACCGAAGACAGCGAAGAAGGGUUCCACCUUUUCUCCCCCUCCAUGCUGCCGACGUUCCAAACCGACUCGCCGGUUUCUGGCUCGAAAUUGGAGUUGCUGCACAUGGACAGCAAUUCGUUUCGGACGGAGCGCGAUGUUUCCCCGUUUUCGAAUGCGGAUUUGAUGCUCUCGCCGUCGUCAGAAGUGGGGAUGGAGCGAUGGGGCGGGUCGAUCUCCUCGCUGAAAGACGUGAUGAAUGUGGUGUGCAUCGAGGGCGGAGCGCCGGAGCAAUCGAUGUUCGUGGACGGGUAUAUGAUGAAGAAGAAUUUGGCGCAUAAGCAGAUGAAGCGGAGGAUUGUGAUGCCUCGGAUUCUGCUGAUCGCGUGUCCGAUCGAGUAUUAUAAACUGAAGAACCAAUACGCCUCGUUAGAGACUUUGUUAACGCAGGAACAAGAGUAG